AGAGCGGCGCCGUGUCCUCUGCGGCCGCCAUGCUGCCCGCCGCCCGCCUGGCGCUGCCGCUGCCGCCGCGCCUGGCCCGCCGCCCGCCGCUCUCCUGGCGCUGGGGUGCGGCGCGGCCGCUGGGCACGGGCCGUGCUCGAAGGCGCUCGGAAGCGCUGGCCGGGGAGGCGCUGGCCGGGGCGCCGCUGGACACGGCCGCUAAGGAGUACUCGCCCAAGGUGCGGCAGCUGGUGCGGGACAUCGCGGGGCUGACGCUGCUGGAGGUCGCCGACCUCAACGCGCUCCUCAAGGAGACGCUGAAGAUCCCGGAUGUGGGGGUGAUGCCCGCGGGCGCCGCCGCCCACCUGCCCGCACAGGCGGCCCCGCAGGAGGAGGAGGAGGCCAUCCCCAUGAAGAAGGAGAAGACGCACUUCUCCGUGCGGCUGACGGAGCUGAAGGCCACCGACAAAGUGAAGCUCAUCAAGGAGGUGAAGAACUUCGUGCCCGGCAUAAACCUCGUGCAGGCAAAGAAGCUGGUGGAGUCCCUUCCGCAGGAGAUCAAGGCUAACGUGUCCAAGGAGGAAGCGGAGAAGAUCAAAACAGCGCUGGAGGCAGCAGGAGGGACUGUGGUUCUGGAGUAGGCAGCCCCGUGUCACCCAGAGGGACUCGUGGAGCAGCACCUGCCGCUGCUGCCUGCCCGUGGUGCUCACACCGACCGAGGCAGGCCCUGGGCACCGCCCGGUGCGAGAUGCGCUCAGGCCGUGUGGUGGGAAUGCUUUGUCCACGUGGUUCGGUGCAGCAGCGGUGUGUGGUUUGGUGGGGCUGCUGUUUAGUUCCGGCAUCGCAAUGAACUCUACGUUCAUAAAAGCCAAGUGGGAAAA